AUGGCGCUUUUAUACACAAAAAUCCCGCUCCAAGUCCAGGGCGUGAACCUCAGCCUCUCUACAAUGCACAACCUCAACGCCAAUCCUCCGAUCUUGUUUCUACACGGCUUCGGUUCUUGCAAAGAGGAUCUGGCCGACAUCAUUUUAAAGCCGGCCCUGCAGCAGUAUGGCCUUCUCGCGUACGACGCGCCAGGCUGUGGUCACUCCCAUAGCGAUAACCUCUAUGCCAUUGAUAUCCCCUUCUUAGUCGCGACUGCAUCGGCCGUGCUUUCGCACUUCAAAAUCGACAAAUUCCAUAUCAUGGGCCAUUCUAUGGGCGGGCUCACGGCUCUUCUCCUUGUCCACCAGCAUCGUGACCGAGUCUUGAGCUUCAUCGACAUCAAAGGCAAUCUGGCACCGGAGGACUGCUUCCUGAGCCGGCAAAUCUUCGACUUCCCGUCCGAUAAUCCAGAGGCAUUCCUGGAUGAGUUUAUUGUCCGCACGCGAGAGACAAAGUCUUUCUCCAGCCCAUUGUAUGCCAGUACCUUGCGCGCGCGGGUACAAGCUGGCGUGUCUCCCCCGCCAAGUACAUUUGUAUUGUACCCAACAGCCAUGAUGAGCUUGCUCUACAACCCACAACUACGCCUGCUUAAUGCACUCCGAGCUAACGGGAAACCCAUCAUGACCUUCCUAGGUCUUCCAUCGUUUCGGACAGCUCAGGUGGUAGCACAGACCGGAGUUGAUGGAGUGAUCAUCGAUUGUGAGCAUGGUCAUAUCAGCGAUGACUCCAUGCACAGUGCCAUUGCUGCCAUCGCUGCUCUGGGAGUCUCGCCGCUUGUCCGUCUGAGAAUGACGCACUCAUACUUGGUAAAAAGAGCAUUGGAUGCAGGUGGACAGCUUGCGUGGGCAGGGUUCCGGUUUUCCAGCCAAGGCAUCGACCUCCCAACAUACUUGAAAACCGCCAAUGAAACGCUUAUUACCUGUGUUCAGAUUGAGUCGAAAGACGGGGUCAAGAAUGCAGACGCCAUCUGUGCCGUGGCUGGUGUCGAUAUGGUUUUUAUCGGGCCAAACGACCUUGCCUUGUCGGUCCUUGGGUAUGUCCCUGCGAAGGGCGAUGAGCCUGAAUUCGUCAAUGCCAUUGAAACGAUCGUGACGGCUGCUAGGAAGCACGGUAAAUGGGUUGGCAGAUUGUCAGACAAUGGGGCUUCGGCCAAAGAACACCUGAAGAGUUUCGACACGGCGGCGAUGAGUUAUGACAUUCGAGCCAUUCAAAACUGGUACCGAUCUGAGUUGCAAGUUGCGCGCUUGUGA